AUAAAUACCGUAAUGUAAUGUAGUAGCCUUACUAAAAAAAGCGGUGGUGACAAGAUGUGGCCGAGAAAUGAAGCAGACAGUUAUGCUGCCCCCACAGGUUUCUUUGGUAGCUUUUGCAACGCAAUCUCUUCUUGCCUUGGUUUGUUAUGUUGCUGUUGGCUCUUACGAGACUGUUUUGGCCGGGAACGAAGAAGACCAACUACUCCUUUAUUGGCUCCACCUCCAAGCCCAGCGGAUGAUCAUCUUGCACAUUUAGGAGGUCCCCAUAGUCCAUUUGAACCACGUCCUCCAGGCCGGAUGGAAGAUCGUCUUGGAGGUCACCACAGUCCAGAUGGGCUGUCUAACCCAUUCGGUCAUCCUGGUCGGAUGGAUGAUCGCCUUACCCAUUUAGGAGACCCGCACAGUCCAUUCAGGGCGACUAAGCCACCCCCUCAUCCAGGCCCAGUUGAUGACCGUCUUGUUAACUUAGGAGGUCCUCACAGUCCAUUUGGGAUGUCCGAUGCACCCGCUCCUCCAGACCUACACAGGCCUCCUAUCCAGCAUGGUUCUAUGGUUCACCCUGGACCUCCCCACCCAUAUGGACCGCCAGGCGUGCCUGAACCUCCAAGAGUUCCUGGUGUACAACCUGGGCUACUUUAAUCAGUUGCAACUUGUAGAAAGUUCCCAACUGUUGAAGUGGCCUGUAAAUACAAAGAUAGUAAUAAAAGAUACAUGGUUUUAUUUUGUACUGU